UUUUUUUUUUUGCAUUAAUUUUAUUCUCGAUAAUGAACAACAUUGAAAGCACACGGCAGCAGCAACAGCAGCAGCAGCAGCAGCAGAAUGUACCUUCUUUGUCAAGAUCAGGCUCAACAACAACAGCAGGUCCAUCGCAUGAGAGCGAGCAUGUUUUCUCACAGUCGCAAUCACAGCCUCAAGGUCAGCCAUUCGACGCAGAGGGACCUCAUGAUGAAAAUGCAUCAGCCUCCUCAAGUCAAACACAGACACAGACGGCCAAUGCUGAAACAAUCAAAGGGCGUAAAAUGAUCAUUAAAAGAAAAUACAUCCAAAAGAAGCGAUCCACUGGAAAGACAGCGGACGAAAUAGCGCGAGAAAGACAACAACGAGCCAAAGACAUUGAAGAGCUAGCGAGUCAGAUUCAAUACGGACGGUCAUUAUAUGACGAUACUUAUGAAUAUAGAAAUGUCACUUUGCCCAAAAAUAUUGCAAGAUGGCUACCAAGGCCUUUUGAAAAACUGCUGAAAACAGAAGAGUGGUUAGAAUUGGGUGUUCGACAAAAAAGAUCUUGGGAGCAUUACAUGAUCUAUGGUAAAUGAAAUAUACAUUUUCUAGGAUAUCUUUUGAUGAAUGAGGCAUUGAUUUUAAUCCCCUU